AUGGCCGAGAAAUCCUUUCAUCUCUUUCCUAGGCUGCCGACAGAGCUGCGACUUCAGAUAUGGCGCUUAUGCCUCCCUUGUCGCGUAUGGGACACGGAUUGGCCGACCGAUGAUGGCACUUUUUUUGAUGAGCUUAAGGCCGAUAGGUCCUAUCCCUGCAGGGUCACUCCCACAGCGAUACUGAAUGGGCUUCCACCCGUCAUCGCCCGCGUCUGCCAGGAGUCACGCAACGUUGCCAAAGAAUCAGGGGGUAUCCUUAAAAGUGAUACCUAUAAGGACUUACCAGACGAUGCUGUUUUUGUCUCUACCACAACUUUUAGGAUCGACGAAAAUUUCUGGGUAGACACUAAGCGAGAUUCUGCGCAUCUUAAUUGGACCCCUUAUUAUGAAUCAAUUUACCAAAACUGCUUUGGUAGUGCAUUGGCCUCUCUUGCGUGGGAAAGUCGCCUGGUAGUCGGUCGUCCCUCAAUUAUGUGCGACUGGUUCGAGAUGACGGUCAACAAGAAAGAAGAGAGGUUUGAUGUUUUCGAACAAAUACCUAGCUGGUGGGUUAUUAUGCAUGUUGUUUUUAUCCAUGCUAGCUUCCGAGAAGCCGCACACACUGGUUUCUUUGGGCUGCUAGGCGACGCGUCUGUGCAAAUUGUCUCCUUGUCUGACGAGGAGAAAGCCAAUGCGCUGUACGACUUUGCCGAUGAAUGCGAUCGCAAGGCUUCUUCUGGUGAGGGGAUUCAAAGGGUUUCCUUGCAAUCCUUGAUGCAGGAGCUGAAAGACAGAUUUAUGAGGCACAGGAUAUCCGAAAAUAUAUCGUCGAGAAUGCAUCCAGCUAUCAUGUUCCGCCUUUGCACAUCGAAGUGUAAUAGCCUCAACGAGGAUUUAUCAUCUCAAUAG